AUGACGCUACCACUUCGCACCCGUGAGGCUCCCCAAGGUCCCCGAAAGCAGGUCCAGCUCCAACGGGCCACAGCUAGUGAUAUAAUGCCUCCCCUCGGUCCCUCCCGCCCCGGGUAUGGAAGCCCCUCGUUCGGAAUCCCUCCCGCCCCGGUCAUCGACCGUCCUCUUCAUCUCUGGGGUCAAACGACCCCAGUUCAAGUCCCCCAGGGCCAUCCGGGGGCUCAUUACGGACCAAUCCCUAUUCAGGGUACCCCUCAAGAUCGCUUCAGGCGCGAGGUUCUUGGUCGACGUGGAGAAGCCAUGGGUUCGGGGCCUAGAUGGACACCUGCUCCUCCCCUUGCCCAACAGUCUUUGAGGAGUAGCGGUGCCCUUCAGCCUUACACCCCCCGAGCCUCAUCGACGCCCCCUCAGACCGCUGAAGCGCUGGCGAACGCCCCCCAAAAGCUUUCAUUCGCGUGCCAACGGCGUCGCUUCAACCCAGUGUUCGAAGCCUUCGAAACCUCCGACGGCAGACACGGGUGCCAUGUCAAAAUAGACGGCGCACUGUUGAGAAGUGACCGUCUUUUUGAAACAGCCCGGCAAGCCAAGGAGGAUGCAGCCAUGAAAGGGUUGGAUUACCUUCGGCAGAACAGCCGGGCAAGUCGGUCUACGGUCCCCUCAGCGAGCUCAGGGGGCGAGCCAAGAACCCAGGCACGCCUCCUCCCAUCUCAAGCGUCAUCUUCCAUGCGUUCUGAAGCAUCCAUCGCUUACCUUGCGACCUCAGUUGCUCGUCUUGAGGCGACGAUCGCCCAUCUCCAGGCACCCGCUUCCAGUGCACGGGAUAACUUCACCCGAGUGCCUAUCAAGCAAGACCAAGAUGUCGAAAUGACGGGCGUCCCAGCUUCCGGUGGCACUCUGGUGUCCGUCAUCAGCGCGGCCCAGCAGGCAGAAUUGCUAAACCAAAUACAACGGAUCACUGGGAUGGACGUGAUAAAUCCAUCCAGGGAGAGUGCCGAGGUGACCUGUGCCUAUCUCGAAGGUUUGGCCGUGGGAUCACGGCUGGCCACGGUAGCACGCGGCCGUUCCCGCUCCCCUACCCGUUCUCCGCAGACUUCCCGAGGGCGUCGGCACCGUGAGCGUUCACCCGCCGACGCCCGGGUUCGGCUGACCCCGCCCCCAGUGUACCAGCGAUGGAGUGGCCGCCCUGCGACAGAUCGGUACCGUCCUGGUGAAGACCGGUAUUGUCCUGAUGAAGUCGGGCGUCUCCGUGACGACACCCGCUCUCGCAACAGGGGCAGUGGUUCAGUGGAAUCUGGGGUGACUUCUGGCCAUGGCAGUGGCAGGAGCUCCGAGAAUGAGAGUGGAAACACUCAUGAGAAGCGCUCCUUAUCUUGA